UAAUCAAUCAUGUCAGAACCUACUGAACCAACCAAACCUACUGCUGAACCAACCAAACCUACUGCUGAACCAACCAAGCCAGUCCCUGAAUCAAGUCAAUUGAUUGAUCUUGUGAAAAGUUUACAAUUUGCCUGGUUUAUCGGACAUGUAAUUACUUUGAUUGGUAUUUUUUUCUAUACUUUAACCUACUUAAGAAUUGGAACAGGCUACUAUAAAUUCUGGUAUCAAUUAUCAUUAAUUGGUAUUAUUGAAAGUUUUGGGAUUUUAAUUUAUCAAAUAAGCUUGAAAAAGGGAACUAAAUUGACUAUUUUAUUAAAAGAUGAUAAUACCCAUUACUUAUUUUUGGGAUUAUUAUUAUUAUUCUUAAGACCAUAUGUUUUAUUGACCUUAUCAUCUUUUGCAUUAUACUCAACUUUCCAUGUUUUGGCUUAUAUCAAAGGUUACUUGUUACCAAUUUUCCAUUAUGAUUCCCAUCCAGUUAGUGAGCAAAUUGGGUCCUUGAUCAAUUCAAAUAAUGCAAAAUCAAUUCAAUUGGCUUCUAUUUUGGAAAUAUAUACCUUGGGUUGGUUAUUAAUCAGAAUGUUUACUUUCAGAAAAAGAUCUUUAAGUCCUGUUCUUAUCUAUUUGAUUUUUAUCAAAUUGAGAUACGAAAAACUGAUUUUCACUAGAAACUAUUUCAAAACAAUUGAAAUUAAAUUAGAAGAGUUUGUCAACAAUGCUAAUAUUCCAAUUGUUAAACAAGCUUGGAUUCAAAUCAAACAAGUUACCAGACAAGUUGGUGGCUUCUACUUGGUUAACGAUUUCACCAAGGAAAAAUCUAACUAA